AGGAUUUGCCCUGCGAUUUAACGCAAGAUGCGGUAGCCAUGCGCUUGGAGCUGAUUCAUGGCCUCCCUCGCGCGAAGCAACUCCUCUGGGAGCAGCCGAUCGCCGAAGCCGCGGCGUUGGCGGCUCACCGCAGGAGCGCCGCGCGAAUCUUCCUGGAAGCGCCAGGCGCUCGCGGCGAGUCCUUCCUCGCCAGCUCCUUCGAGGCGGCGCCCGGCACUGAGAAGGAAGCCGAGGAGGACUUAGGCCCCUUGGACCCCCACGGCAACUCCUUCAAGCAGAACAAGGUGUGCGGCUACAACUUGGCGCCAGGGGAGCAGCGCUGCUGCGAGAUGAGCACCGAGGAGAAGUGCCACGAGUGCUGCGUCCAGCGAAACUUUGAGGGCGUCGAGGGGGAGCCGGCAGACCAGACCUGCCGCCGGACCUGCGUGCGCAUGUGCUACAAAGGCAAGGACGAAAAGGAGACGGUGGGCAAGCACAUCCCCAGAUGCCCGGAUGAUGCCGAGGCCAGCGUGAGUCUCUACCCCACCAACGAUCAGGAUGAGAAGCUGAAGGAGUUCGUUCAGAUUGCGGAGUGAGGCGAUUGCCCCCAUUCGGCUGACGAAGCUCCAACCGUGCGGUCGAAAAAGCUCGAGUGUUUUUACGCGCGAGCUCAGGGACAAUGGUUAGCAGUGAGUUUGGAGGAGCAUUGCUCGCUGUCAACGCCAUUGGCACAAGUGGCGCCAGCAUACCGGCUGCAAUGUCGUUGCCAGAUGGAUACCAAAGAUGCUCUACUAUUAUAGAGCAAUUUCACCAUGCCUUGGAUGAUGCCUCUGCAGAGCCGGGCCAAGUGUCAAAGGAAGUCCUGCUCAAAGUACUGCAUCAACUGGACUGCUCAUGGACCUUGCAGCGCUUGGACGUUGUGCUGAAUCAUUGCGGUGCCUGUGCAGGUUUGAAGAUUGACUAUGGCAAGUUCGUCCAAUGGCUGUUCCACGCAACGAGUUUCUCAGAGUAUCCAGUCAAAAAGGGAUCGGAGAAGCAACGUGCGAGGUUUCUGCGCGAGCAGUGGGAACCAUUUCAACAGGAAGUCCAAGCACUUCUAGAACGCACAAAAGCACGUUCUGCCAAAGGGUUUUCUCUUCAUGAGAUCAUGCCGUCCAACGCAAUCUUGCGGUCGCUCAUGGAAACAUGCGCGGCUCUCACGACAGCUUGGCACGGAAGGGCAAAUUUCAGCUACGUCUAUGAGAUGUUCAUGGACAUGGCCGAAUGUGAUGGUCACAGCGCCUAUUUGUUCCAGGACAUCCCGCAGCAGCGGUCAGACGAUGGCUUCGUGCGAGUGUUGGACGCCGGGGCGCGCAAGCGACUCUACACGGGAUCCAAGUCGAAAGCUGCAAACCAAUCGACAGUUCUGGUGGGGAGGCUGCCGCAAACCACUGGGGAGUCACAUAUUGACAAUCUGCAGCUGCCACUGUUGAUGCGGCGACACGAGUCUCUGUUUCUCAAGGUAGGGCAUCGUAUUCAGCAAUUUUUGGUGCGGGCACUCCGCUGGAAGCAGAAGCGGAUCCUUCAGAAGACUGGGGACCCGGCCGCUGUGAAGCAGACGGCCUUGAAGCUUCAGCAAGAUGGGGAAGACUCGCUCGCGCUGCGUUUGCUCGCCGAGCAUGGCAGCCUCCUGGAGUCCUAUGGUCAGGUGCCUGCGGACGUCCGCGGUCAGGCAGAUCAGUUCAUAGCAGACUGCCUUGCGCCAGCUCAGGCAGAGCUGGACGAAGAACUGGACGCCUUCCUCCAACAUUGCCGCAAGCACCCCGGUCGCGCGUACAAGAGCCGGGUGGAGCACAAGCUGCUUCUCUUCAAGGCGUUCCGCUCCCCUGACGUGCGAGUCCUGUGGCGUUCCGAGGUGGAGUCCUUCACUCAGCACCGUUAUCUUGCGGCCACUUGGGUUCGUCGGGUGCCCUUGUACCUGCAUGACGACACCCAGCUGCUGGUUCUGCGCCCCGCGGGCGCCGAGGAAUGCUCCAGGUUUCGGAAGAAUGUCUUUGCCUAUGCGGAGUCUCAUGGCUUAGGGCAAAGUGGAGGAGGCUGGACGGAUAUUUACAAUCCCGGGUCGCUGAUGUAUGAGCUGGGCUCACUGCUGUGUGUAGAUGAGGGGGCCAAGCUGCCGAACCACUUCGUGGUGGACAUCGAGAAGAUCGUCCGAGAUUGCAUGUUGCUCUGCCCCGACGAUGAUGCAUUGCCGGGCGAGGUUCUGCACGAUGCGGGGCAAAAUCCCAUUGUCGCGUCUUCCAUUGGCAACACCCAGCACACGCAGAUUUCCAAGGCCUCAGUGGAGGAGUUUCCCCUGAUGAUGCAGCAGCAGUCGCCACGGUGGUGCGGCAGACUAGCUGCAUUCUUGGACAUAGUUCAGGUUGGGACGAGUGAGGAUGCCUUCUUUGUGAGCGCUCAUACACAGCAGCCAGAUUCGAAGCCUCUCCUGGAGUUCUUUAUCCAGCUUCGGCUUGACUACAUGAAGGCCUUCGGCCGGUCGGUGGACUUCAACUGCACUUGUCAUGCUUCAACCAGAGGGGGGUUUUAUGUGACUUUGGCUCCGGUUGCUUGCAUGCGCAAGAUCAAGGUAGCUGCAGGCCAGGGCUGCUUGGGUUCGGACAUGGAUUACCUGAACCCCGACUCGGGGGACACGGUGACAAAGCUGGGCCUUCCAGUGGCAACCGUGGAUUGCUCCCAGGGCAAGGGCAACGUCUUGUGCGUCACGCGGGAGCUUUGGGAGCGCUGCUUGGAAGGCCGAGCGCUGCUGAGCCGUCUCUAUGACUUCAACCGAAAGCCUGGAGCGCUGGCGAUUGCACAACACAUGCUAGAGAAGAUGCUGGAGUGAGUGUAGCACCUCCCUAAGGGAGGAGGUUUUCCAGAUUGAUAUGGAACCCCGCAAGACAUGAAAGUUUUAGGAGGGACUUCCCUGGGUUCCAUGUUAGUUUGCAGAGGUGUAGAUUCUUAGAUGUGGCUUUUCUUUGCCUCCCUAAGGGAGGUAAAAUUUUCCUUCUGUGCCACAGGCGAGAACAAGUGCGGCAGUAUGUCACCAUCAAACACUUGGACGAAAAAGGGUCUAGAGGCAUUCUCGACAGCUACGGAGUGCUUUUUGGCAAGGCGAAGUGAUGU